GAGUUUACGGGCUGCCCCUUUAUCUAUUUAUACUCAGCCUCCUCCUCAGCAUCUCACUCACAUCUAUUCACAGAAACUGAGCAGCACCUGCUACCGGCACACAGGAAAAUGAUGCUGAUUGCGGCCCUGUGUAUUGCGGCAUUCAUGAAAAACGCAGUUGAGUCGGCGGAUCCCCCGUUUUCCUCUAUAUCGGCUGAUAAUUCCACCGUCAAACAGAUCAUUAUUGAUGCUCACAAUGCCUACAGGAGGAAUGCGUCUCCCACUGCCCAGAACAUGCUGAAAAUGGUUUGGAACAAAGACGCGGCACAAAAUGCAGGCAACUGGUCAGCGACCUGCAGCAUGUCUCACAGCACUUCAGAUAAACGCAAAAUUCCUGGCUUCAGCUGUGGGGAAAAUCUGUUCAUGUCUUCCUAUCCAGCCACUUGGGAUGUAGCCAUUAAAGCGUGGUACGAUGAGUACAUAAACUUUGAAUAUGGAGUAGGCCCUAAAUCUUCUGGUCUGGUUAUAGGGCAUUAUACCCAGGUCAUGUGGUACAAUUCCUACAAUGUGGGGUGCUCUGUCUCCUACUGUCCUCAAAGCACAUACAAAUACUUCUAUGUUUGCCAGUACUGCCCAGCGGGAAACAUGGCCGGCAGCAUUAACACCCCAUACAAAUCCGGCCCAAGGUGCACAGACUGUCCAGGAGCCUGUGAUAAUUUCCUUUGCACCAAUUCCUGUCCGUAUCAAGAUAUAUAUUCAACUUGUAAGAUUUAUAUAAGUUACUGCAAUAGUAUUGCUUCCAUAAGGGACGGCUGCAAGGCCACCUGUCUCUGCACCAACAACCAGAUCAUCUGAUAUCCAACCCUGUCCGGCCGGGGCUGCUGAGGAACCAAUCAGAAGAAUGGAUUGAGAAAGAACGGCUGAAGUAGUUUUAAUAAUAAUGAUAUUAAAGAUGAUUUAUGCUCGUCACAAUCAGUUUGAUUCAUGGAAAUGUAUGCAAUAGAUGUCAGCUCUUCUUAUACAAAUAUAUAUCUAUGGCUGGGUUAGUUUGAUUUCUAUUUUGUUUAUUGUGCUCUGGGUACAUGGUUAUUGCUUAUGUCACAAGCCUACAAGUAAAAAAAGUCUUGCCUU